AUGAAUGAAAAAAAGAGAAAAAAGGUGAAGAAAUCUGAUUCUUUCGUAAUGAUGAGCCCCAAAACAAACCAAAACGAUCAGAUUGACAUGAACAAAUCGCAAGAAAUUCCUAAUAAUAAAGCAGCGAGCAGUUUAUUGUCGACAUUCAAUCGUAAACGUCGACAUACCUUCGAUGUUGAUCUAAAAGUCGAUCGCGUCCUUUCGCUUCCGUAUGCCAGUGGAAAGUUUUUCUUCAAAAUUCGUCUACUCAGUGGCGGAAAUCAUGUUUAUACAUGUCACGAGCGUUUUGAAGUUCAUGAAAAUAAAGUCGAAUUCAAUCUAAGUGACCGUUUUACAGUGAAAAUGACAUCGCGAGUAGAUAAUUUCACAUUGGACCAUUGUUUCUGUCGAAUUUCUAUUCGAAAAGAAGGACGCGGCGGUCGUUCGCAUGAGAAAAUUGGCUUCUAUGAUUUGGAUUUAGCAUCAGUUGCUGGCAGUGGCGACGAAUCAAAGGCAUGUCUGUUGAAUGCAUAUCAACAGACAAAUACCAGUCCAGCGAAUGCUUAUCUUCAAAUACGAAUGAAAUUAACAAUUGUCGAAGGAGAUCAGAUUUUUCGAAGGCCAAAUAACGACCAUCCUUAUAUUAAAGUUGAACCUGCUCCAGCAACUAAAACUACCUAUGAUCCGUGUUCAGAUGAUGGUUCUUCAAAUAUGAGCACAUCAGCUGCUGAACUUUGUCCUCCGAUUACUACAAAUUCCCUUCGUGGUCAUUCUCGUCAAGCGAGUAAAAGUAGUAUGUGUUCGAAUUAUUCAACCAAUAGCAUCAAUAGUACCAACAAUUCAAUUCCUCAUGAUAAAAAUCAUUUGAGAAGUAUAAAAUGUGAGUCUCGUCAUUUUCACAAUUCCUAUUCGGAUCCCAAUAUGUUUGCUAAACUCAGACAAGGCAGUGAUGAAGAGAGUAUUCAACCCUCACAGCGGCGUGUAAAUCAUAAAAGACGAACUCCAUUUAUUGAUCAAUUUGGAGAUAUUCAACGACGAUUGCAUUCAACAAGAAUUGAUGCAACAGAAAUCGUUGAAACUGUUCUGAAUAAUAAUGCUAAAACAGUAACAAAUUCCAAUGGUUAUCUAUGUUUGAUGUAUGACGAAGAUGGAACAGCGCGCGUUGGCUCAUCAUCUUGUCAGUCUCUUCAGUCACCACCACCACCACCAUCGUCUCUUUAUGUAUCUACUUAA